ACCACCCGACCCGACGACAACGUUAGAAGAAAGGACAAUAACCGUAAAAUAGUCUGGCACGUAUUUUUGGUAAUCAUACUCGAUGAUCUUCUGGGGACGAAGUCGUGGUUAAUCGUGCUCCUGAUGCUGCACUGCAUCUCUAUCCCUUCGCACGUACAGUAGCGCUCUCCCUUGGAACCGCCUACAACAAUGGGUGCCAUCGACAACGACAAAUCCUCUGAAUUGCACCGUGGCUCUUCACUCAGAGCAUCAGUGAGAUUUUCAAAUGUCCAAGGUAACGAUGACGACUACGACCUGCAGGCAAUGGGGAUUGCGGAUGGCUUUCGACCGGUGGAAUUGACACACGAUGAACCCUCGAGGCAAUCGACGACCACACCGCAAGACGCCCCGACCGCGCCAAAAUCACCACCAAGGCCGUCGAGUAUCACGAAACCUUAUGGACGGAAUGACUCUUUGGCUUUGCAACAUGAUGGGUCGACGACCGAGUCGGACAGUGAUAGAACAGGUCUCGACAGAACAAUAACAAGAGACUCGACUGUCUCAACAUCGUCUCCAUUUGUUGAUAUUGAGGAUCCAUAUGAAGGCCCAUCUGGUCCCUCGCAUCCGUACCAGAUGUACCCUCAGGAUGUUCGGUUAGCACGAACAGCAAGUCUUGCGACCACAUCGACAGCGCCUAUUUCUGAGCGGUCGUACAAUGGACCUCGCGGACCGGCGCAUCCGUAUGGCAUGUAUCCGCAAAACACUAUCCCGGAAUCAGAUGGUGUACCUACUAGGACGGCGCAAGAAGAGAUUAAUAUAGGGUUUCCUGGGACGACGGACAAUUAUCAAAGAAGAAUUGGUCCAGAGGGAGAAGAUGUAGCAGAUUUGAUUGGACCUGAUGGUCAUACAGAACAACUACCUCCUUACACGAGGUAUCCGGAAGAAGCGUAUACAAGGAAAGCAAUGGGCGUAGAAACACCUCAACCGGUGCCGGUGCAACCUAUGCAAUCGAUACAACCGACCCAACCUAUGCAACAGCAACAACAUCAACAACAACCCCCACAACCAAUGUUGGCCAUCCCGGGCGCUGGAGGUAUAGGGGUGGCCGCUUUGAAUCCAGAAUUUGCGUCUACCGAGGACUUAGGCGACAUGAACUCACCACAAUCUAGACAAUCUGUUCGGAGCUUUACAUCUGAUAAUAGCCAACGCGGGCUAACUGCUGGGACUCGGUCUGAUCAAGAUAUAUCGGACGAGAAGAAAGCAAUGAAGGAUUGGCAAGUAACCGCUAAAAGGAGGGUUUGGGGUAUUGUUCCAUGCUGGGCCAUCAUUCUGGCAGCGAUUGUGCUCGUCUUGAUGGGAAUAAUCCUGGGAGCUGUCAUCGGCACGCUGCUGAAUCCUCAUUUUAAGAAACCGCCUCAAGAUAGGCCGCCGUCCCAAGCACAAGAUCCCAACAACUGGGAUACACAACCUCUCAGUACUUUACCUCCAGAUUUACCUUCCCUACCUACGGGAACAUAUUCCAUGUUUUUGGGUAGGAAUAACCGAAUAUCUAAUACUUGCUUCACCGACCCGACACUUGCUCAGGCAUGGAGUUGCGAUCUCACCUUCUUCCAACUCAAUAUGAACGUUACGAAACUAUCUGGUCAACCGAACAUAUCCGAUUAUUCCUUCGGAUUCUUGUAUAACGAGACCUACAGCCUGAAAAACAAUGUUUUCACAUACGGUGUACAACCACCUGACCUAACUGAUCUGCAAAUGAAGCUCGUCAGUGACGUUUUUGAAGCGCCCCGAGGUCCGGCGUGGAAUUUUGAAAUACCAUACAAUAAAACCGUUAUCAUACCCGAGCCAUUCAUAACCGCUAGCUCGGCUUCUCCCUCAUCUUCUCCCACGUCGAAUCCGAAUCGCCGCCGAAUGAUGUUUGGCGGCAACGAUGCCAAGCGCAAGGGUGUAAUGGCUCAACCCGGAGAUAAACCAUGGGUUUGUCAUUGGGACAAUACUAUUCUGGAGGCCUUUAUCUAUGCAGGUCAGAAUAACAGCUUCAGCAGACCAAUCGAUCCGGGCCCGAUGACAAGUGCUCCAGCGACAUCGUCAAGCGACAGUGCUUCCGCGACACCCACCUCUUCGGGAGCUGCGGCAGACGUUGCAAAUGAUUUCUCCGGUCCCUCGCGGGCGCCUUUCGAUGAUUUCCAAGCGACAACUUCGGUCUCCGACGGCCUUCCCAGUACCACAACCGCUUCGUCUUCGACUUCGACAUCUACUGGCGGCUUCGACCCAGACCUCCCUAUGCCAAGUGAUGCUCCUUCGAUGCCUUCACCCCCGUAUCCGCGAGUGGUCAAGGUAGAAGAGCGUCGUAAUGCCGACUCUACGGCAGCUAAGCCGUGGUGUCGCCAGUACCAAAUCCUUGGUGACAACCAAGCCCCCGUUCCGGCUCUGGAUGCGAAUGGGCAUUUCAUCGAUGUCUACAUCAACGAAGAUGAGGGAGGCUAUGACGAAUCGAGCGGAUCGAAACGAAACAUCGAAGCUUAUCUGGAGACCCGCAACAGUGCUAAAGGCACCGAUAUGAGCGAUUGCGGUUGUAUAUGGUGGCUCUCUUGAACGCCGGAAAAAUUAUGUGUAGCGUUAACAUUUCUUGUCUCUUAAUAUCCAACUUGUGUUUGAGCGAAUGUGGGAAUUUAUAUAGGUAUUGUACAU